AUGGGUCCAACUCAGGAUCCUGAUGGGGACGUUCAAAUAACUGAUCUUGGAAUUGAAAACCAAUUCAAAGAAUUAUUAAAAAAUACACAAAAUAAGGUUAUUGAAAGCCUGAACAUAAGUUUUCAAAACUUGCUUGAUGAAAAUAAGAAACUCCAAAAUCAGCUAACCGAACUAAAAGAUGAAUUAAGCAGGCUCAAAAGUUCCUCAUCAGAAGGUGAAUUUCGAAACGUUAAGAAUUUUAUAACUGCGCAACUAAAUGAAAGUUUCGAAAAUCAAAAUAAGGAAUUUUACAAACAACUGACUCUAUUCAAAGAAGAAUUGAAGGACAAGAAGGAUAGAAACUCUUUAAAUGAGCUUUGGCAUAUUAUUGAGAAUGAAUGUCAAAGUGUCAAAGAUAAAUUAAAUCCCAGCGUGGAUAAAGAAAUUGAAUUAGAUCAAUUACGAAAAGAAAAUAUGGAAUUAAGGCAAUUGAAUAAUAAAUUAAAAGAAGAAAACUCGGACUACCAAGUUACCAUAGAUAAUGCGACUAAAUAUCGAUUUGCUGACGAUGAUCAAAAUAAUUCUUUUCAUUUAAACAAGGACAUUAAUGACCUGAAUAAUAAAAUUUCUAAGUUUGUUACUAAUUUGAAAGAGGACAUCCAAAUACAUUCAGAUAAUUUUUCAAACCUCUUUCGCCACUAUAAGUGUACCCAAGACACCAAAAAAGAAGAUACACAACUUGAAAAGGAAAUUUUAAAACGUUUAGUAAUUGAUACAAUUAUUCAAGAAUUCAGUGAAUUUUUAAAAUCCGAAAACUCUUGUUUUGAAAAGGAAAUAAUGAGGGAUUUAAAAUUGUUAUUUGACAAAUCAACUGAUACAAAUUCAGGUAACAAUGACAUUAAGAAAUCUGUUUUAACAAAAAUAAAACAAAUUUAUGCUAUUCUCGGAAGCUCGGGAUUUACAGAACCAGAUCAUCCGUUUAUAAAUCAUUGCAAGGCACAACUUAUUAAAAUAAUGAAUCAAUACCGCACUAUUACUAAUGAAUCUAAGAGAAUGGAAAUUGAAGAUCAGGCUUCAGUUCUUGUUCGUGAUGUUGUUAGUAUAUUUUGUUUUCGAAGAUUCGCGCAAGAACCAAUAAUAAAUUAUACGUGGAUUAAAAAUGAUGAGCCCAUAGAUUCAUUAACUAUGACAGGCACUUGCACUUGGAACGAAAAUGAAAUUGAUAAAUUGGUGGUACAAAUUUGCUCAUUUCCACUUUUUGGUGUAAACCUAGAGGAUCAGGACAAAAGACAAAUUUACACUCAGGCUCGCUUUUCGAGUUAUAAAUAUAGAAUAUAUGUAGGAUUCGAUGCACAGAGGCAUGGACAUACCUAUGAGCAUGCCGAAACCCCCAAAAGGCCCAGGCACGCCAUAAUCAUGUGA